GGAUCACAGACGGCCGUCUACUCCCGGUGUCCUAGAGCUUCCCGGAAGUCUUUGUAGUCGCCUCCCGGCCUGGCCCCGCUUCCGGCCGGCCCCUUGCUCUCCGCCGUCAGGCCGCUGUGCUCCAGAGCGCGCGUUGCAGGCAAUUGCAUCUGGGACCUGCCUCUGGGCUGGCUGAUCAAAAAGGAGGCAGUAGCAAUGUCUGCUGUGGGGGCUGCAGCUCCAUACCUGCAUCACCCUGGUGACAGUCAGAGUGGCCAGGUGAGUUUCCUGGGGGCCCAGCCCCCCCCAGAGGUGGCAGCAAUGCCCCGGCUCUUGGGAGACCUGGACAGGGGCACAUUCAGGAAGUUGCUGAAGCUGGUGGUCAGCAGCCUGCAGGGAGAAGACUGCCGUGAGGCUGUGCAGCGCCUCGGGACUGGUGCACACCUGUCAGAGGAACGGCUGGGGGCCCUGCUUGCCGGCACCCACACGCUGCUCCAGCAGGCCCUCCGGCUGCCCCUGGCCAGCCUGAAGCCCGACACCUUCAAGGGCCAGCUCCAGGAGCUCUCCAUCCCCCAAGACCUGGUAAUGGACUUGGCCAGUGUGGUAUUUGGGAGCCAGCGGCCUCUCCUUGACUCUGUUGCCAGGCAGCAGGGGGCCUGGCUGCCCCAUGUUGCCUACUUCCGUUGGAGGGUGGAUGUGGCAAUCUCUACCAGUGCCCUGGCCCGCUCCUUGCAGCCAAGCGUCCUGAUGCAGCUGAUGCUUUCAGAUGGGUCGACAUACCGCUUUGAGGUCCCCACAGCCAAGUUCCAGGAGCUUCGGUAUAGCGUGGCCCUGAUGCUGAAGGAGAUGGCCGACCUGGAAAAGAAGUGCGAGCACAAACUACAGGACUGACCCGGGUGCCCAGUUGCUUUGGUCACCUGGGGACAGCUGCUCAGACAUCUCCAAAGUGAAGCCCGCCCUGCCCAGGAGGCCCUCUGCAGUGAGAGUGUGGGACUGCAACCAUGUCAUUCUCAGUUUGAUGGAAAAAAAUAGCAGUUUCUCUCCCCCACUUGGAAGUAGAGCAACUAUAAAGUCGUAUCUUCCCAACUGCUGUCACCUGCACACCUGCCCCCUGGCCACUGGCAUUGUUGCUAGGUGAGGGUACCCACUGCUCCAGGCCAAUGCCUCGGCGCAGAUGCCGAGCUCCUUUAGCUGGUCUCCGUGUGGAACCUGAUCACUCUGCUCAUUUGCUUCUGUGAACCCUGUGUUUCAGUGUGGACCUUUCUCCUGUCUUAAAUCCUUGACCUCAUGAAGCCAACACUGUAAUGGGGAGGGGAAGACAUUAUAAAGCACACAACAAAUAAAUGGUAUAGCUUGUUA